AUGGCCGCGUAUACAGGGAAAAAUGUUGUCAUAAUUGGAGGCACCCAAGGCAUCGGGCUUGCAACUGCGAAACUCUUCCUGUCCCACGGUGCUAAAGUCGUCGUUACUGGCCGCCGUCGAGAACCUGUGGCUGCCGCGAAGCAGGAGCUCGGUGCUGCCGCCCUCGUUUUGCAAUCGGACAUAACCUCCCUUGACGCACAUGCGGACCUCGAGCGGCUUGCGGAGCAGCACCUCGGCUCCGGAGAAGUCAUCGACCUUCUCUUCCUCAACGUCGGCUACGCAAACCUCUCCCCCGUCAGUGAGAUGACCGAAGACCUAUUCGACAGGCACUUCAACACCAACACCCGAGGUCCCAUCUUCCUCGCGAAACGGAUGAUUCCGCACAUGCGGCCCGGCGGGGCCAUUGUUUUCACCACCAGCGUCUCCGUGGAUCAGGGCCACCCCGGCAUGGCGGUUUACUCCGCCUCGAAAGCUGCCAUCUAUUCCUUUGUGCAGACCCUCGCUGCGGAGCUGGCUAGAGGCAAGGACGGCAAGGAGGGUAUCAGGGUGAACUGCGUCAGCCCGGGAUUCGUCGACACGCCGACACUCGGCGUCGUCGAUGCUCCUAAGGAAGCUGUUGCGACCUUUGCGGACCUGGGACGACAGUCGACUCCCUUAGCAAGGAUCGCAAGGCCGGAGGAGGUCGCCAAGGCGGUAGCUUUCUUGGGAUUCGAUGCCACCUUUACAACCGGCACAGAAUUUCUGAUGGACGGUGGUUUGAGGCAUUUAGUUCUAGCUCAUUAG